AGAAACGUCAAUUUGUUUUGUUUUGUUAGAGAGGUUAUCUUAAGUUAUAUUAUAGUUAAAUUAUUUACAAAUAUUAAAUGCUUAAAUUAUGUAGUUUUCAAAGAAAGUAUAAUCUGAACUUCAAUUUUGAAUAACAGCUCUGCGAUACCUUAUAUUACAUUGUUUUCUUUUUGGUUUUUGUAUUAAAAUGUCAGUAGAGAAAAGACUCAAUAGUCAAGAGAAUUCUGAAGAAGCAGACGAUGGGGACGGUUGGAUUGGGCCCAUGCCUUCAGAGGCAUCAUCAGCCAACGCACCGAAACCAAAGAAACGCAAAGUUUUGGAGUUUGAAUCUCUGUACCUGGAAAACUUGCCCCUAUCAGAGACAUACGAGAGGAGCUACAUGCACAGAGAUGUGGUCACACAUAUUGUUGUCACCAAGACUGACUUCGUAAUCACUGCCAGCCAGGAUGGGCACUUGAAGUUUUGGAAAAAGCAGGAGGAAGGCAUCGAGUUUGUGAAGCACUUCCGCUGCCACCUGGCGAGCAUCACCCGCGUGGCCGCCAACAGCACGGGCACGCUGCUCUGCACCGCCUCCUCUGAGAAAACCGUCAAAGUCUUCGACGUCGUCAACUUUGACAUGAUCAACAUGUUAUCGCUAGAGUUUGAGCCCUACUGUGCUGAGUGGGUGCACUCCGCGGGCGACCCCAUAUCAGCAAUAGCUGUAUCGGAAAAAGGCACGAACAAGAUCCACAUAUUCGACGGCACGCAGGCGUCGGGCGCGCCGCUGCACACGCUGGCGCUGCAUCAGAGCGAGGUGCUCACCAUCAAGUACAACCCCGUCUACGAAGUGGCGGUCUCCGUCGACAAAGCAGGUAUUGUGGAGUACUGGACCGGGCCGAAAUAUGAGUACGAGUUUCCCAGAAAUGUGAAAUUCAAGUCCAAAUUAGAUACGGAUCUAUUUGACUUUGUGAAGAAUAAAACUUAUCCAACUGCGUUGGACUUCUCGCCCGACGGAAAAAAGAUGGCUUCCAUAAGUUUGGAUAGGAAGGUCCGAGUAUUCCACUUCCUGACGGGCAAGCUGCACAAAGUUCUGGACGAGAGUCUACAGCGCUUCCAGGAGCUCCAGCACCAGACACAGCAGCUGCCCAACAUGGAGUUCGGGAGACGGAUGGCAACAGAACGCGACCUAGACAAGUCGGAAGCGGCGCAGCUCGCAAACAUCGUGUUUGACAUCAGCGGCCACUUCAUCGCGUACUCCACCAUGCUUGGCGUCAAGCUCAUCAACCUCGCCACCAACCGCUGUGUGGCCAUGCUCGGCAAGCCCGAGAAUCUACGUCCGCUGCAGCUGGCGCUGUUCCAGGGUCGGACAAAUCAACCGAAAUUGGCGACAACGCUGGAAAUGGAGGGGUCAGAAAACCCGACACUAUUGAACAUAAAGACUGACCCGACUCUGUUCUGCACGGCGUACAAGAAGAACCGCUUCUACAUGUUCUCCCGCCGCAGUCCGGACGACGUGAAGAGCCCUGAUGCAGACCGGGAUAUCUUCAACGAGAAGCCUUCAAAGGAGGAUAUCAUUUCUGCUACCGAGGGACAAGGCGUCCAGCGUCUGUACGAGCAAGCCAUCCUGCACACAUCGCUGGGGGAUGUGCACAUCCGUCUGUUCGGCAAAGACGUGCCGCGUACGGUGGAGAACUUCUGCGGGCUCGCGCGCAACGGCUACUUCAACGGGCACAUCUUCCACCGCGUCAUCAAGGGCUUCAUGGUGCAGACCGGCGACCCUACUGGCACUGGCACGGGUGGAGAAAGUAUUUGGGGCGGCGAAUUCGCGGAUGAGUUCAGGCCACAGUUGAAGCACGACCGCCCCUACACUGUGAGCAUGGCCAACGCUGGACCCAACACCAACGGCAGCCAGUUCUUCAUCACCCUGGCGCCCACUCCGUGGCUGGACAACAAGCACACGGUGUUCGGGCGAGUGGUACGCGGCAUGGAAGUGGUGCAGACCAUCGGCGGCGUCAAGACCAACCCCAAGACCGACAAGCCUUACGACGACAUCCGUGUCAUCUCCGUCACUGUGAAGUGAACGUCUCAGCUCUCGACACAACCGACCUCAAGACCGACAAGCCCUACGAUGAAGUGACCAGAGGUCCUGCCGCCUUGGGCGUGUGAACUUUGACAGCCACAGUGACCUACGCAAUCUGAUUGGCUACAAUGCACAGUCGUAGCAAGAAUACCAUAAAUUCAGCCAAUCUACACCAAUUGAAAUUGUAACAAUCUGAUAAUAAUGAAUUACGUGACACGCGUUACCUCCCGGUGAUGAAUUUAAUUAGAAAUUAAGGGAUGAUAAAAUAUUUUAAUAGGAAA